GCUACACGGUAUAGCCUCGUUCCUCACUGUGUGAAUUCUUGUUGCUACCCCAGGUGAAGCAGAUUUUCUCUUCCAAAAUGACUUUACAAGCUCUGGUUUUGUGUUUGGCAUAUUCUGGGCUUGGAAAGGCAAAUGUGGUUCCGCAGGCUGGAUACACAACAGUGAGGAUGGGUGACAGUGUGACUCUGAGUUGUGCCCUGACAAAACCCAUGGAUGUUCUGCAAGUGACAUGGCAAAAGGACUCAGAAGAAUUACAUGAUAAUAUAGCUACAUACAGUGAAACGAACGGAUUAAGGAUUCAGAAGCCCUAUAAAGACAGGAUGAAUUUCACAAGUUUGGAACUCAACAAGACAAGCAUAACUUUUUGGGACACUAGAAUGGAUGAUUCAGGAUGUUACAAGUGUCUCUUCAAUGUUUUCCCUUCUGGUCCUCUCUCAGGAAAUACCUGCCUGAGUGUUUUUGGUCUCAAUGCAUCUGUCCAUCACAACAUUUCUGAAGAUCAUCUGAUAGUCAUCUGCAAUGCUAAUGGCCUCCCAGAGCCCACCAUCACCUGGAACAACCUGUUCAACUCUACUCCUACACAGAAGACAGUCAAGCACAAAAAUGGGAUUGUGUCCAUCACCAGUACACUGGAAAUCUACACUAUUCAGAGCAUCAGUGCACAGGAUUUGAUCUGCAAAGUAAGCAACACAAAUGAAACAUUUGAAAUACCUGUGAAAAUAAAAGGAGAAGAGGGAUCAUCAUUGCUUUGGCUGGUGAUUAUUGUGGUGCUUUUAGUAGUCAUGAUAGUUCUGAUUCUGUUCUGGAGGAAGAUCCUAUGCAGGAGGAGUUGAAGUGGAUCUUUGAGGAUUUCCAUCCAUCUACUGGAUCAUUAGAAGCUAGCAGCCUGAAGUCAACAUUACACAUAGUGACUUGACUGGCUGGAAAAAGCAACAAAAAAAGAAGACAUCAUAUAUACUGCCCUAUCUGGAAGCUGAGUUGAUCACUGAAACAACUAACACAGCGUUUGCUAUUUGGUCUAGGCCCUUAAUCUUAAUAUGUAGGACUGGAGGGACUACUUGGUUAACUACUCUGCAGAGGAGGAGAUUUUGUCAGGCAAAACCUUCUUUGCCCAUGCCACUCUUGAUACUGCUGCUGGGCAAAAUGUAUUUGUCUUCUUCCAGCUGAGUUCUGAAAAUGUUCGGGGAUAGAAGCUCUGCAGACUGUCUAGGGAUUCUCUUCCAGUGCCCAAUUGCUCUUGCAUUAGAGAGUAGAGAGGAUUUAAUUUUUGCCAACAUGUGUC